AUGCCGGACCGCGAUGCCUACGCCGCCGCCCCGGCCCCCGGCCUCGCCCCCGGCAGCGCCGCCGGCGACGACGCGGCGGCCGGCGCGGACGACGACGACAUCUGCCGCGACUUCCUGCGCAACGUCUGCAAGCGCGGCAAGCGCUGCCGCUUCCGGCACCCCGACAUCUCCGAGGUCACCAACCUGGGCGUGCGCAAGAACGAGUUCAUCUUCUGCCACGACUUCCAGAACAAGGAGUGCGUGCGCCUCAGCUGCCGCUUCAUCCACGGCUCCAAGGAGGACGAGGACUGCUACAAGAAGACGGGCGAGCUGCCGCCGCGCCUGCGCCACAAGGUGGCCGCCGGCCUGGGGCUGUCGCCCGCCGACCUGCCCAACAGCAAGGAGGAGGUGCCCAUCUGCCGGGAUUUCCUCAAGGGCGACUGCCAGCGCGGCGCCAAGUGCAAGUUCCAGCACCUGCAGCGGGACUACGAGCAGGGCCGGCGCUACGAGCCCUACGACGGCCUCUACGAGCCCGACGAGCCGGUGCUGAAGCGGCGGCGCGCCGAGGGGCUCUACGAGGGCUACGAGUACGGCUUCGGCGGCGCGCGCGCCGUGGAGUACCGGCUGCUGGAGGAGGAGAACGCGCUGCUGCGGAAGCGCGUGGAGGACCUCAAGAAGCAGGUGAACAACCUGCUGGCCACCAACGAGGUGCUGCUGGAGCAGAACGCGCAGUUCCGCAACCAGGCCAAGGUGAUGACGCUGAGCUCCACGGCGGCGGCCACCGAGCAGACGCUGGCGCCGGCCGUGGGCUCGGUGACCAACUACAACCACGGCAUCGCGCAGACGCACACCACGCUCAGCAGCCAGGCGCUGCAGCCGCGCCCCGUCACCCAGCAGGAUCUGGUGGCCCCGGCCGGCGCCCAGGCCGCCCCGCCGGCCACCGCCGCGCCGCCGCCGCCGCCGCCGCCGCCCAUGAACCCCGAGAUCGCGCCGCUGUCGGCGGCGCUGGCGCAGACCAUCGCCCAGGGCAUGGCGCCGCCGCCCGUCUCCAUGGCGCCCGUGGCCGUGUCGGUGGCGCCGGUGGCCGUGUCCAUGGCGCAGCCGCUCGGCGGCAUCACCAUGAGCCACGCCACCACGCCCAUGGUCACCUACCCCAUCGCCUCGCAGAGCAUGAGGAUAACGGCCAUGCCGCACUGACCGCCCGGCGCCGGCGGGACCCGGCCGUUCCUCCUCUGGUGGUUUAUCCGGUAACGGGAGGCGGGAGCCGGGGGGAGAACCCCUCCCCGGUAACGUCGCCGCGGGCAGAGACCGUGAGCUCGCUCCGACCCCGCACACGGACCCACGGACGCUGUGGGAGGGACGCCCUCCCCGGUGCCGGGAGCCCCGGGAUGGACUGGACAGAGCACCGGGGACGGGGUGGGGGGUGGCGGCACCGGGGCUCCCGGUGCGCUGUCGUGUUUUCGGCUAUUAAAACAGAAAAAAAAACCAAAAAAAAGCCCAAA